AUGGGAGAGGAAUUAAAGAAACAACGAGAAAUAGAAUCGGUAUGUAGAGAAUCAGAACUAGAAUUACAAUUAUCUUUCACAUUACGCCCUGGGAUGGAUCGACGUCGAUAUAAUCCCCAAAGAACGAAUGAGGUUGCUGCUGUAUUUUAUACAAGUGCUGAUGGAGAAAUUCCUGAAUCUUUUGUUACAAUACGAAAUCGGAAAACUAAAAUUUUGCAACAGGGUUUAAUAGAUUAUAUGCAAAAUACGGCUAAUAAUGUAAAUGGACGUAUCGGAAAAAUAGUCGUACUUCCCUCGACACUUAUUGGAUCACCAAGAAAUAUGUUGCAAAAUUACCAAGAUGCAAUGUCUAUUGUUGGUAAAUUUGGUAAACCAGAUCUUUUUAUUACCAUGACGUGUAAUCCGAAAUGGCGCGAAAUUGUUGAAAAUUUAUUGCCUGGUCAACAGUCAUCAGAUAGACCUGAUAUAUGUGCUCGUGUUUUUAAUAUUAAGAAAGAUUAUUUAAUUGAUUUAAUUGUUAGGCAAAAGUUUUUUGGUGAAGUUGCAGCAUAUGUUUAUGUUAUUGAAUUUCAAAAACGUGGUUUGCCACAUGUUCAUAUAUUAAUUACUUUAAAACAUAAUUUUAAAAUAACAACAACAGAAGUUGUCGAUAAAUAUAUUUCUGCGGAAAUUCCAGAUCCAUUUAAAAAUCGUGUUUUACAUAAAAUAGUUAUGAAACAUAUGAUUCAUGGACCUUGUGGUGAUUGGUGUUUGAUAAAUGGAAAAUGUUCGAAACAUUACCCAAAAUCAUUUCUUGAAGAAACUAAAAUAGAUGAAGAUGCUUAUCCUUAUUAUCGUCGAAGAGAUGUUGGACAUGAUGUUGCUGCAAUAAGAAUUGAACCAGUAACAGAAAAAAAAUUAAUUGAUCAUGAUGAAAUACGCGAAUACAUUGAAACUCGUUAUGUUGGACCUGUAGAAGCCUGCUGGAGAAUACUUAGUAAGAAACUGCAAGAUAAAAGUCAUGUUGUAAUGCGUUUACCAGUCCAUCUUCCUAAUGAACAAAAUGUAACACUAGAUACUGAAUCUGUAGAGGAUGCAAUGAUUUCUGCCGUAAAUCAAGUUACUAUGUUAAUAGACUAUUUUGCUUUAAAUUUACGAGAUCUGGAAGCAAGAAAUUAUUUGUAUAUAGAAAUACCACGAUAUUACACAUUUAAAAAAGAAAAAAUUAAUGCAACAUGUUUAGCAUUAGGUUUAAUUGAGGAUGAUGAAGAAUGGAAUCGAGCCAUGAAUGAGGCUGCUAGAUGGAUGAUGCCCAAGCAACUGC